UUUGUCCAUGAAAUUUCAACGGUCAAUCCAGUGGAUAAUCGAGCGCCAUGAGAGAUCAGAACGCCAUCGUGGCGACUGGAGCUCAGAUUCUUGUAAUGGUGGCGAUAUGAAGCCAGUAUCCACUCUCUCUCUCUCCUUUCCCCGGUAGAAUCUUCCGCCUGCUCUUUUUUUGGUUCUCCUGUGCAGUAACGAGUUGAACGCUUGACUUUUCUCCGCACGUUUUGGGUUUUCAACACUGCGUCAAACGAUAAACUUCUGGAGGAGGAGCGGAGAGGAAUGAGUUCGGGUGAUAUGUGGCCGAUCGAGAUGGAGUUGGAGCCUGAGAUUGAUCGCUUGCCGAUUGACCUACUGGCUCAUAUUUUCGCGAUGAUCCCGUCCUUCACUGAUUUGGCUCAGGCGUGCGGCGUCUGUAGGAAAUGGAAGGAAGGAGUGAAACUGUCUCUUGGUAGGAGGGAGAGUUUGAGUUUUGCUGGUUGGAAGAUGGAUGAUUACUCCACUGCUCGCCUUAUUCACCAUGCCUACAGUCUUCGACAACUCGACAUCUCAAGAAGCCGUUGGGGUUGUCAAAUAACAGACCAUGGAUUGCAUGAAAUCUCUCUUGCAAAGUGCAUUCCCAACCUCAAGUCCAUUUCGCUAUGGGGUAUGGCAGGGAUUACCGACAAAGGCGUUGUGCAGCUGAUUUCCCGAGCUAACUCCUUGCAAAACCUGAAUAUCGGUGGAACAUUUGUCACAGAUGUCUCUCUAUUCGCAAUCGCGGAUAACUGUCCAAAUUUGAAGACCAUUGGCCUCUGGAGUUGUCGCCAUGUUACAGAAACUGGACUUCUUAUUCUCGUAAGUAAAUGUCGCAAACUCGAGUCGAUAAAUGUGUGGGGAAUGAGGGUUCCUGUAGAUUGCUUCAUUGGUUUGGUUGCGAUAAGUCCAUCACUCCAAAUAAAAUCAAGAAGUCUGCUCCUAAACUCUAUGUGGCCUGUUCUGUGAAAUAUGCUUAAAUAUUCGCAUCCUGUAAAAGCCUAUUGUAUGCAUGUCUUCAUCUUUGUAUUUGCCCUCCUUCCAUUAAAUGUUGAUUUGUCAUUUCCCUGAGAGGAUAGCACUUUCAGAUCAUUUGAAACUAAACUAUAUACUCUCCUGAUGUAAAUAUAAUGAUGUGUAAAAACUCAGCUUGCUUAUUUUUGGGAUAAUUAUCCUUUUAUCCU